AUGAGGCCCACACCAGACGAGCAGCUGGCUGACGGCAGCGUGGCGGUGGUUUGUGUCGGCCUGAACGGGCUGCAGGAGCUGAAGGUGGAGGAGGAAGAGGAAGCGGUGCGUUCUCCAACCGACAUGAAGAAGCUCCACAGCUGCUCCGUCUGUGGGAAGAGUUACCCGCGACCGUCCCGCCUCAAAGAGCACAUGAAGAUCCACGCCACGGAGAAACUGCACCGCUGCUCGGCCUGCGGGAAGUCCUUCACCACCAGCACCAACCUGCGAGCUCACGAGAAGAUCCACAUGGCCGACAGACCUCACCCCUGCAGCGUCUGCCCCAAGAGCUUCCUGCGGCCGUCGCUGCUGCGCAAACACAUGAGGAUCCACGUGAGGGACGGGCUGCUGGCCGAGCCCCCCCACGGCCUCCACAAGGACUUCUGGUUACACAUGAACACGGAGGAGGAAGAGCAGGAGCGAGGGAUGAUGAGGAUAAAGGAGGAGGAGGACGAACACCCGUCAGCCGCUGAAGGUAACGGUGUGGUCUGUGUGAUGAUCCAGCAGGAGGAGGAGGAGGAGGAGGAACUUCCUGCCGUGGUGGUGAAGUCGGAGGACGGCCGAGGGGAGGCAGACGACGGAGACGUUAGCGGUUUGAUCAACUCUGACGGAGAGGAGGAGGACUGGAGACGAGCGCCGGCCAUCGAACAAGAUGGCCGCUCAGAAGUCCCGCCUGACGGUGGUAAACGGAAGCACUGCUGUCCCGUCUGCGGCCGCGAUUGCUUCAAGGCAUCGGCGCUGCAGAAGCACCUGCGGAUCCACUCCGGCGAGCGUCCCUUCCAGUGCCCCACCUGCAGGAAGAGCUUCACCCAGCACGUUCACAUGACGGAGCACCAGAGGAUCCACACCGGAGAGAAACCCUACACCUGCGCCGACUGCAGCAAGAGCUUCACCUUCUCCAGCGCGCUGCGUCGCCACCAGCGGCUUCACACCGACGCUCGGCCGUACCAGUGCUCCGUCUGCCAGAAGACCUUCAAGCAGCAGAGCUCGCUGAAGAGCCACCAGCUGACUCACUCUGGGAUCCGCUACCAGUGUCCGCUGUGCAGUAAGAGCUUCAGCCGCGCCCUGGAGCUCACCUACCACGUGGACGUGCACUCAGACACGCGGCCGUACUUCUGCAACAUUUGCAAGAAGAACCUGAGCGGAGCCAGGAUCUUCCGUAACCACAUGAAGAAGCACGGGACGCCGGACUCGCCGCUGUGGCUGCCGCCGCUGCCCAGAGCCAGAGCGGAGGAGACGGAGACGACACGCAGAGAAGCAGCGCUCGCUCUGCAGGUGGACUGA